CUUCUUUCCCCUUUGAGGCUUAAGAGCUGCUGCGUAGUACUCGUAAUAUUUUCUCAUUUCCGUGAAAAAGAGCUAAAAUUUCCCCCGAAAACGCUAAUGAAACAGCUGCAUAGAUCGAGGAUUAUUAUAAAAAUAAACGUUUCUCAGGAGGUUGGGGUUUCUCUGAAUAGUAAGGUUAAACUUGGAAUCUCUUUCAGCUGAAUUACCUUUCUCUUUGUGUGUGAAAAUUAAAGGUGGAAUCUUUUUCGGCGUUCGGCUCCUUCUUGGUGCAAAGACUUCUGGGUAUUCAUCCAAUUGCUCGUUGUGAAUCGCAGUAUGACUCUUUGCAAGUUCUUGUGAUAUGAAAGUUCUGAAUUAUAGCCUUCUUGAUUUCGGGUUUUGACUUUUCUUGGACUGAUUGAAAUCAUUCUUUGAUGCCUGAUUUUGUUGGAUUCUUGAAUUAGUUUAUAAUGGGUUGCGUUUGUGGGAAAGCUUCUUCUAUCGAAGAUAAAUUCGGGGAUGAUAACAAGACGGUAUUGAUUAAGGGAUCAUCAGAAUCACAAUCCAGGCGAACUCGUUCUGCUUCGAGGAGAGACAAGAGUUACAGGGAGAAUGAGAAGAAGGGAAAGAGUGAUGCAAGAUUGAUGGAUAAGAAGGGAAAUGGGUCUAGAAGGGUUAGGGAUGAUAACUCCGAAUUGAUAUUAAUAAGUAAGAAUUCAGAUGGUAUAAUCAGUUGCAGUCCCCGUGGGUUUGGAAGCGUAUCCAAUGCCACAGAAGGGGAGUUGGUUGCUGCAGGUUGGCCUUCCUGGCUUGCUUCUGUCGCUGGCGAAGCCAUCCUUGGAUGGCUCCCUCGCAAAGCCGAUACAUUUGAGAAAUUGGAUAAGAUUGGUCAAGGAACUUACAGCAGUGUGUACAAAGCUCGAGACCUGACACACAAUAAGUUAGUAGCAUUAAAAAGAGUUAGGUUUGAUAAUGCUGAUCUCGAGAGUGUCAAGUUCAUGGCUAGGGAGAUUCUUAUCUUAAGAAGGCUUGAUCAUCCAAAUAUAAUAAAACUGGACGGCCUCAUCACCUCAAGAACGUCUUGCAGCUUGUAUCUUGUUUUUGAGUACAUGGAACAUGACCUCACUGGAUUGGCAUCACUCCCCAAUGUCAAGUUUUCAGAAUCCCAGGUCAAAUGCUACAUGAAACAGCUGCUAAGUGGACUCAGUUAUUGCCACAAUCACGGUAUUAUACACAGAGAUAUUAAAGGUUCAAACCUUCUGGUUAACGAUCAGGGAAUCUUGAAGAUUGCAGAUUUUGGAUUAGCAACAUUUUUUGAUCAUGAGAAAAUUUUGACAAGCCGUGUCGUGACUCUUUGGUAUCGCCCGCCAGAGCUCUUAUUAGGAGCAACUCAUUAUGGAGUCGGUGUGGACCUAUGGAGCACUGGUUGCAUACUUGGAGAAUUAUAUGCUGGCACGCCCAUCAUGCCUGGGAGAACUGAGGUGGAACAAUUGCAUAAGAUUUUUAAGCUUUGUGGUUCACCAUCUGAAGACUAUUGGAGAAAAGAGAAGUUGCCUCAUACAACUGUAUUCAAACCAAUACAACCUUACAGACGGCGUAUUGCUGAUGCAUUUAAGGAUCUUCCUCCUGUUGUUGUGGACCUAAUGGAUACCUUGCUUUCUAUAGAUCCCGAACAUAGGGGAACGGCUGGUCUUGCUCUAAAGAGUGAUUUCUUUAGAACACACCCGUUUGCUUGUGAUCCAUCCAGUUUACCAAAAUACCCUCCCAGCAAGGAAAUUGAUGCAAAAUUGCGUGAAAGUGAACAUAGGAGGCAAGGAGUUAUUCGAGCAAAGGACCAAUUACAAGAAACUCGAGGUGUUCCUGCCCUGGAUGCCAAUGCUGAGAUAACUAGAUCUUUGCAGAGGAAGGGAAGUUGUAGUAGCCGAAGUCAGGUGUUAAAGGCAGAUAAUAAAGAAGGUGUUUCAAGAGUAGCUAUUGGUCCAUCACGGAGGCCCUCACAAGCUAUGAAAGAGGCAAUCAAGAACCCCUCUGCACAAGUGAUUUCGCACUCGGGGCCUUUAGCUCCAGCUGUUGAAGGCUCAAGAUUUGGGAACCGGUACGACAAUAUCUCUAUUGGUUCUACCCAAUCCGACCUGUCCCAAUUGUCCCGACCAGUUUUGUCAGGAAUUUCUAGGGCCAAUACACAAGAUCAAAGGUGUCAUGUUGGAAGUGGAAGAUCCAAUAUGCAAGAAGCCGCUCAGGGCCACGGGUCAAAGGGGAGCAAGAUUCACUUUUCCGGUCCCUUGAUGGGUCCGUCGUCUGCCAAAAUAGAUGAACUGCUAAAGGAACAUGACCGUCGUAUCCAAGAAGCGGUACGGAGAUCCAGAAUCGAAAAGUCUAGGCUCGAUAAAGCCCGAGCUCAAGAUAUGCAAAGAAGAGCUAAUUCUAUAUACAGCUCAAGUCUGGGAGCAAUGUAGUGUGUAUUACAGUACUAUUAUUAGGCAGAGAAUACACAAAGAAAGGUCUGUACAAAUU